UGUAUAUACACCAUAGAAAAGCAAGAAACCUUUUUUGCACAGACCUAUCUAAAAGGUUAAUGCUGUCAACCGAUGAUCAACAGUAAAAAUUGUACCUCUUCCCAACACGGGAACCCAUUAACAAUCAAGAAUAAAUGAUUAUAUGGUGUCAUGGCUUUGUUAUCAAAACAUGUCAUUAUAAUGGAAGUCAAUGUGGCAAAAACAGCCACCAAUAUAACGAAAGGCUAGUCUACUUGAACAAUACACAAGGGUCAAGGAAAAUGUUUAUUGACCAAUAGUUUUAUUCUUCAUUUUUAUUUACUAAAUGUACCUUGCUCUGGAAGCAGCCCUGCAGUGGAUCCUCCAGCCCUGGUGUCCACGAGGCCGCUGGAGGUGACGCUGCAGCAGGUUUACACCACUCGCCGAUACACACGAUUCUCCAGCCGAGCUGCCCCACUAAUGCCUCUGAGCACCAUCAGCGGGGAGACCAGCUCUCAGGCUUUAUCCUCCAUCUGCACUGAUGCUCCUCUGAUGCCUCCCAAAAAGAAAACACGCACCUUCUACAGCACAGAUCAGUUAGAGGAGCUGGAACGUGUGUUUCAGGAUGAUCACUACCCUGAUGGAGACAAAAGAAAGGAGAUUGCAGCCGCCAUUGGUGUUACACCCCAGAGGAUCAUGGUGUGGUUUCAGAACCGUCGAGCCAAAUGGAGAAAAACAACAAAAGCCACGUUGAAAAAGCCUCCUGCUAGUCGUGGUCAGCCAUGUGUCCAGGUCAACAGACCAUCAAUUUUCACAGCUCCUCCUGUAACAUCUCAAAAUCCCAAGCCUGGAAACACACUUCCCCCCUACAGCACCAUCCGGACUAGCUGCACCAGUCCACCAGGUACCUCUAAACCAUUUAAUUAA